CGUGUACUGACAUUCGAUCAUGGAAGGUUCAUGUGUACUUUACAUUGACACAUGUGGGAAUCACCACAAGGGAAUCCAUUGCUACAAUGCACCUUCGAGCUUAAAUUGUAAAGUUAUUCAGAAAAAAAGUUGCUGAGGUAAGUUGCUCAAAACAAGUUGAAUAAGCUCUGAACUGUGGAGAUGACGGUGGACUUCAAAAGGAGACCCACCAACACUAAAAUAUAAAGUUUAAAUAUAAAAUAAAAUACAGUCCUCAAGACUACACUACUUUGCAUGAAGUCACAAGUAAAGUAUACGUUUAAAGUAUGGGGGAGCAGGUUGUUCACUCACAGGUAUACAUAGUGGUUAACUUACACUUACAGUGACACUCAAAAGAAGUUAAAUCUGUAUAAUGUUUGUUUCCCAAUGGCCAUAUCCCCUAAAUUGUCUUUGUCUUCAUUUCACAAAAGCAUCUCACACAUCAUAUGAAACGGAAGAAACUCUUAUUUCCUUAUUUCUUUAAUGUGUCAGUAGAUGAUAAUGAUACAUUGGAAUUGAGUGAUUGCACAUUAUAAAGAGUGUUUAAAGUGUUUCUCUUUAAAGGGGAGGACUUUUUGUGAACUCACGAUCAGAGUCUAACUGGAGAGAUUCACAGUGUUCUGGUUUUGAAGCAUUAAAAAAAAAUUCCCAAGAGAAUCUGCCCAUAUUCAGUAAUGGAGUCUCAGUAUCUCCAUUUUGGGCCGAAGGAUCAGAGCUCCGGAGAGCACAACAUGUCUGCACAAAGCGCGUUAAGAGGUAGGAAGAGGAUAUUGGUUCGUGUCUUCUAUGGAGUCCUGGUGCUGCUGCUGUUGAUCCUGCUGAUGGUCACUGUGACAAAAGUCUCUCAGUUCAACCAGGAACUCACUGAUGUCAAACUCAAACUGAAGAUCCUCAACGAAAGUGCAACAACGGGGCAGGUGGUGAUUUUACCAAGACUUGUUCCAGUUAGAGGUACGGACUGAAUCCUUUGAUAUCAAUCAAAUUACAAUUCGUGUAGGGAGGGCUGGGUGUCUUUCCAGUCAAGCUGCUACCGGCUAUCAACCACGGCCGCGGCCUGGAGCGAAGCAGAGGAGCGCUGUCGAGAACAAGGAGCACACCUGGUGGUUCUCAAUAAUGUUGAGGAGCUGGACUAUAUUUCAAAAGUAGUUCAUAUCAAAUAUCACUACUGGAUCGGACUGGUGGAGCGAGAACACGAGGGACAAUGGAGCUGGGUGGAUGGAACUGACUUCAAUUCUACCCAGACCUUCUGGGACGACGGUCAGCCGGACAACUGGGACUGGAGUGAGAACGGAGAGGACUGCGCGCAGAUUCACGCUUCCGAAAGACGCAAACGCAAGAUGUGGAACGAUGCAGACUGUCAUCUGCCGAAUAAAUAUGUCUGCAAGACGAGAGCGUGAGAGACAGAGAACCAACGCGGCUGACGCGCUGUGAAAUAAUGGCUUGAAUUAACAAUGAUGGAGAUUCAUGUUUUAUAUUUCAAUUCAAUGAUUUGCAUGGUCACAAAAUGGAUAAAAGUUGUACUCUAUAUACAAGACGCACGUGAGGUCUUUGUUGAAUAAUAAAACAGUUGCUUUUAAUUA